GGUCUAGGCGCCAAGCAACAGAGGACUCAACUUACACAUUCACUGAGCGAGUACUCACCAUUCUCUCCUCGUCGUCCAUAACGAUGUCGGACCCUCCAAAGAAACUAGGAUCGUUGAAGGAUCGUAUCGCUGCGUUCGAGAACAAGGGCCCUGCACCAGUACCCGCAGCAGCACCUGUUCCUCGUCCAAAACCAGCUGGCGGCGUAUCUUGGAAACCCAAGGCACCUUCGCCGCCAUCUUCACCACCUGCACCUGACAAUGCGGAGAGGAAACUCGCGGGUAUGUCUGCAGAGGAUGCGAAGGAGAGUAUCGGGAAAGGUGGGAGUUUGAAGGAGCGUAUGGCGGCACUCCAGGGACGAGGUGCUUUUGGCGGCUUGCCAGGUGCUGCACCCGUCGCACCACCGAAGCCCGCAGUAGAGAAACCAAAGUGGAAACCACCUCCACGACCUAUUGCUUCGCCUCCUAUCGACGACGUCGCAGACGUUGCUCCUGAAGCACCCCAUGCUUCCCCACCUACGACUGCGGCAGAUAGUCAGGAGGAAUCUAAGACCGCUGAGCCGUCGGGCGAAGCUGAGCCCAGCCCUAGUAGGGCAGAGGAAGCGCAGGAAAGUCAGGAGCCAGAUCCAGAAGAAGAGGAGAGACAACGUCGUGCAGCGAUUGCUGCUCGUAUGGCUCGUCUCGGCGGUGCUAGGGUCGGAAUGGGGCCACCUCCAAUCUUUGGUAAGAAGCCUGAAGUCAAGAAGGCAGAGACACCUAAGGAGGAAGCUAAGGAAGAAGAGCUGAGAGCUCCUGAGGAGCGCAGCGAAGGGUUGUCACCCCCUGCAACUGAACUUGUAACUGAGCGCGGUACUCCUUUGAUUCAGUCGCCUCCUGCUGAGGACGCAGUAUCCACAGAGGAUGUAGAGAAUCGUCAAGAGUUCUUCAAUACUGAGCAGACAUCUACAUCGUCUCUCUUGUCUUCCGAUUCUGCGGCUUCAUCAGGUCGCUCGCCGUCGAUGCCAGUACCUUCAGUACCUCGCCGUACUGGACCCCCUCGCAAGAAAGCUGCGAAGUCACCUUCACCUACUCCUCCUAUACAGGUUCUCAAUACUGAGUUCACCCGAAGUCCCUCGACUACACCUGCUUUAGACGUGCAGGGUCAAUCCAAGGAGGCUGUGGAGGAGGCUAUCAAGCAGAGUAAACAGAUCGAAGAGGCUGGUUCCAGGGAGCCGGAAAUUACCCCGCAGAUUCCUGCCGAAGUUGAGACGCAGAUCAGGGAAGAGACGGAAACUGAACGUGAACCUACGCGUGCACCAAGUUCGAACGUUAUCCCUCAUGCAGAAGAAUUCUCUGAGGAAACAAAGUUGCCUACAGGCGAAUUGGAAUCGCUCUCCAUCUCUGAUGACAUUGUUGAGAAGAAAGUUGACGAACCUGAACAUCAUGGUCCAACUCUUCCUGAAUCGGGAGCCGAUGCCCAACCAAGCAAUAUCGAAACUGAGGAGGUAGUCAAAGGCGAGCCAGACAAUGACAAAGUCGGGUCCCCACCGAAGGAAGUGGAAGCCCAGAUCGAAGAGCCCGAGGGGGAAGACGAAGCUGGUCGCCGCAAGCGCAUCGCGGAACGUUUGGCUAAGACGGGCGGAGUGAAUCCUCUUGCUGGUCCGCCUCCACCUGCAAGGAAACCUAGUUUACCAACACCGGUUUCCCCAACCGAAAGUGUUGGAUCUAGAAGGCAGGGCAGCAUCGAUGUAGCACAAUCCCCAACUAUCUCUCUUACGCAGGAACGCCAACUACCCCUCCGACGCGAAAGUACAGACUCUGCUAUCCUCGGAAAGCGCACCAGCUUGCGCAAGGGAUCUGUAGACUCUGUCAGUUCUCAGCCGCUGCGUUCCCCGCCUUUGCUUCCUACAUCUCCGAAGCCGACUUUACCUACUCGCAAGGAUAGCACUGGCUCGACUUCAUCCGGCCCGCAAAGGAGGGCUUCUCAGGAUGAUCGUAAGGAGCCUCAGGCAGACAUCGGCAGCAUACGCCAUCGACUCAGUACAUCUGAAGAAAUUUCUGAGGAACCCGAAGCCUAUGAAGACGAUGUGCUGAGUGGAAAUGAAGGCCCAGAAGCUGAAGCUGGCCCACGUGAGGCUCGCGACUAUUCUUCGGAAAAGCCCACUGCUCCCUCACGUUCAGUUGCUAAUUACCCUGCUGACGAGUUGUUCGUCCCUGCGAGUGUGCCCACGCAGGGAGACGAUGACGAUGAUCGUGUAUCGUCUUUGCAGGUUGAGGAUGAGGAAGUCGAGGAACCUCGGGAAUAUGAGCCAAUCGAUGAGGAAUACUCUCCACCAGAGCUAAAUCGCGUGCCUAGUCCUGUGAAUGACGACGUAAACCUGCAAGAGGAUGUACCUGUGCCACUACUACCCACCGCACCUCGUCCUCCUGUGAAACGUACAUCAAUACCUCCUCCUCCACGUGCUCCUCCUGCCGUCCCCGAAUCGCUUGCAGAAUCAGCUGCUGAGGCCGAACCACGAAUCCACCACGUUCGUCCACUUCCGCCACCGCCGCCGAUUAUUGAAGAGGUACUAGAUCGUGAUGCGGACAAGACACCUUCUGUGCUCUCUACAGCUGUUCCCCCAAUACCUCCAAAUCGACCGCCGCCUGUUGCACAGGUUAACAUUCUACUUUCCGAAGAUGACGAUGCGGAAGAGAAGGAUUCGCCUUCCUUGUCACCCAUCGACAGUAAGGAUAACGUUUCGGACUUGGACAUUCAAAGCGAUAUGGAUGUUCCAGACUCCCCACCACGUACCUUCGAUGAAGAGGAGCCAUCAAUCAUAUCUAGUGCCGAAGAAACCCCGGAGUACAUUGACCAGGACGAAGAAUCUUAUCAGAGCGAGCCUGCAAUUUCACAACGCAGGGCGGCACCACAGCGACACGUUCCUGAGCCGAUUUCCACCACGUCCAAGUGUAAGAAGCCGGAGCAAGAAGUAUUGGACGAUUCAGACGGAGAUCCAAUUGAUCCUGCAUUCCAUUCCCCGCUUAAGUCUCCAACUACUUCCAUUGCAAAUCCUCCCUCGUUAUCAUUGUCUCAGCCCCAAUCCCCUCCACCUGCAGCAUCUUCACCAGAGGAGGAAAGCGAAGAUGAAGAGCAAGCUCGUCGUCGAACCAUCGCUGAGCGAAUGGCCAAGCUUGGUGGCAUUCGUUUCGGCGCACCUCCGGCCCCAACUCGCCGACCCCAACCACCACCACCUCCGACUGAAGAAGGUGCUGUAGAAGACAAUGAGCCGACGGAAUCCAAGGCCGAACCCGAAGAACCCCCCGAAGAAGAGGAUGAAUUUUCACGCAAGCAGAGGAUUGCGGCUCGUAUUGCUGGUAUGGGUGGUAUGCGUUUUGGCAUGUUACCCACCCCCAUGUCACCCCCUGUUCCACCUGUGCGAAAGGAAAGCGUUCACGAACCCGUUUCGGUGUCUUCCCACGCAGUGCCUGCUGUGCAUCCUGCCUCUGGUGACGACAUCGAAGAUGAAGGUGUACAGGUUGAUGUGGAAGAAAGUGAACUGGAGGAGGUUUCUCAUUCGGACAUACCAGAGGAAGUCCCUCCCCCAGUUCCGACUCGGGCUGGCAGACGUUCAUCAACGCAAACGCCUGCCAGUGCUCCAGAGCGUGUACCACCUGUACCUUCUCUUGCUCGUCCUCCGGUACCGCUUGGACGACCGCCCAUUCCUCCCACUCCAUCCGGUAGCAGAGGUAUCCCUUCGCCCGCAUCUGGGAGAAAGUCUUCGGCCAGUACCGAAACCGGCCACCCAUUACCUUCUCCACCCGCAGUGCAAUCGUCUCUUAGUCCUGCAGGUGACUACGUCUUGGUAGAUGAGCCAGAAAGCGCAGAGGAACUGCCGCCACCUCCACCUCCUCCACGCUCUGUUCGAGUACCUCCGCCUCCUAGGUCUGCUCCUUUGCCUCCGCCGCCUCCCGUGCAUGGGUCUGCCGACGAGGUAUUAUCUGAUUUCGAGGCAGAGGUAGAUCUCUCGCUGUCUGGACAAUGGUCGGAAGACUCUACCAAUUACCCUAUCUCUGUGGCACCUCCACCGCCGCCGUCCAAACGUGCGUCCACAAGCCGACCUGAAUCCCAGCGGCCGCCAAGUCAUCAACCACCCGUAGCGGAUUUGCAACUCUCUCCAGAUGAACUAAUGGCACUUUGGGGCCGGGUUGGAGUUCAAGUUAAUGAAACUGCUGCAACUUUGUUCGACAAGUCAAGGAAAUCUCUGGUUGGCGAUGGUUCCUAUGUCGGCUUCAUUAACGCAACACUCAGCCAGGUCCCGAACGCUGCCAGGCCGUCAGCUCAAGAUUCUUUUGGAUAUUUGAUAUAUUCUCAAAGCGGCGCAGCAGUCCAGAGGCGUGUUACUGAUAUUAUGCCAGGCGAUAUAAUCGUUCUCCAAGAUGCGAAGCUGAAGGGGCACAAGGGCAUCCAAAUGUAUCAUCAGACUGUUGGCGCUGGUGAACCUGUCGUGGCGAUUGUUGCAGACUUCGAAGUGAAGAAGUCGAAAGUCAAAGUGUUCCAAGCGAACCAGCAUGUGGGACAUCAGAGCGUGGAAUCUACAAGCUAUCGCUUGGAAGACUUAAAGAGUGGCACUGUUAAAGUUUUUCGUGUUUUAUCUUCGUAAUAUUCUUCUCGGAAGGACCCUGGAAUUCUCUCUUCAAUUUGAUUUGUACCAUAUUUCUGUCUUCGUAAGUUCAUCUUGGAUUGGAUAAUCAACAAAUCUGUCAAGCAUCCAUGAGAUACGAUUGAUAUCGGAUGUACAGUAUACUUUUAUGACCUGAAGUUCAGCCUGAAAGACGCCACGGCCUUCAGAAGAAACACCAGUUGGGCAGAUG